AUGGCCACCCCAAGGCCCUCCACCAACUGUCGACAGUGGGAUGCGCCGUCGGCCGCCGCAUACAGUCGUACGCCGCUCAUGGGCUCCCUCUCUAACGUGCAGCCAGACAUCUCCCCUCCGACGUCGUGCGCCAGCAAUAGUACUAUUCGGUUGCCCACCAUUGAGCCCGUGUUGGCAGACAAAGGCGCUUCAACAGCAGCCCGCCCUGCCUCUUCUUCCCAGCCCCAGAAACAACCACAUGCCACUGCAAUUGCCCGCUCAGCCUCCUCGACGGCCAAUUCCAAUUCCAGUUCCGAGUUGACGUCGUCCUCAUCGCGCGACUCGCUGCCACCUGCACCCCAGGCGCGCGCCGCGGAUAGCACUCCCCCAAAGCCGGCGGCGCGAGACCAUCGAAGGACCAAGCCGAACAAGACGACCACUAAAUGGAAUAGAAGGAGAAGGGCUUCUUCAGAUGACACAGGCCUCGACUCCAAGCCGCCCACCGCUCACCGCCCCAAAUCUGCGCACACUGCUGUGCCCUUGCAGUUGCCCGCGCCAUCACCCUCGCCCUCUACCCCGUCCAAGCAGCGCCGUCAGCCGAGCAUAACCAGCAGUACCUCGUCCACGAGCCAGACGCGAUUCAUGGCAACAACUUUUGGGGGUCCUUCGGGUGAUUCGCGACGAGGAGUAGUGUCUCCUCGGCCCAAGGGUCGCGAAGCGAAAAACACCUUUUGUCGCAAUGUCACCAUCUACGGACACUGUCGGUAUGAAAACACCUGUCCCUACAUCCACGACCAGAACAAGUCAAACCAGAGUGAGAAUGCUAAGAAGCGUUUCAAUGUCGACUCUCCGUCCUUUACUCCCUUGCAACCAGCCACCAAUGGCUCAGUGACUCCAUCUGCUCGCAGCGCUGCCAUCUCACCCAAGGCCGCCAAUGCCGCCGUCUUUACACCCAAAUCGCAACGCUCUGACUGGAUGUUCAUUGUAUUGGGUCUUGCCGUGACUUUGCAUGGAAGCUCACACUCGCCACAGGGAGAUCCGACCGGCGGCUACGAUCCCUUCAAUACGUCGAACAAUCUAUCCAACAUCACCAGUGCGAGCCAUCAAGCCGGCCCAAUUAACCCCUAUGCACAAGAAGCAACGUACUACCAGAAUGCCAACGCAUUUCAGACUCCUGCCUACCACUUGUACUGGCCGGUCGGCCCUCAGCCCACCGGUCUUCUGGCCUACCAACGUACUGCACAUGAUUUUUUCAUUCCAGAUUCUGUCCGGGAGGAUCUGCAAAAGAGAGCCGAAGUUGCGCGCCAGACGAUUCCCAAUACCACGUUGCCUGUCAUUGAGCAGUUUCAUUCACUCUUCUGCUUGGACACGUCGCCGCAAAAGAACACUGCGCCGUUCGGCUAUGCUAGUUGGAUAUACAAAGCCGUCUCUAGCAAAGAUGGUAAAACCUACGCCUUGCGUCGACUCGAAAACUUUCGACUCACUAGUGAGACGGCCAUUCGCUCAGCCCAACCUUGGAAGCGAGUGCUCAAUGGCGGUGUCGUCACUAUCCAUGAGGCUUUUACUACAAGAGCUUUUGGCGAUAGCUCCCUUAUCUUGGUCACUGAUUACCACCCAAACUCCAAAUCGCUUGCAGAUGAACAUUUCAAGCCAAUUCAGCGAUUCCAUGGAAGGCAGCCCACCUCGUCUCACGUACCAGAACAGACACUUUGGGGCUACCUCGUGCAAAUUGCAUCCGCCCUGAAAGCCAUUCACGGCUCUGGCCUGGCAGCGAGGCUAAUCACACCUUCGAAGAUCCUACUCACAGCCAAAAACCGGAUCAGGCUCAACGCGUGUAGCAUCAUGGAUAUUGUUCAAUUCGACAAUGCGAGGCCCAUGGCCGAAUUGCAAGCAGACGACUUUGUCCAACUGGGUCGCCUAAUCCUCUGCAUCGCAAACAACAAUGCGUCAGCACAUUUGCAGAUGCAAAAGUCCAUGGAGUAUGUGACGAGAAGUUACACAGCCCGAUUGAAAGAGUGCAUCCAAUGGUUGUUGAGUCCUCAGCCAGUGCAAGGAACGCCGUCGUCACCAUCCACACCGACUCCGAUGGUUAAAGAUAUUGAUACAUUUCUGGCCGGAAUCGCUGAUCAAUUUGCGUCCGUCUUCGACAGCGAGCUCCAUGCUCAUGAUACGUUGACAAACACGCUCGGCCGUGAACUGGAGUCGUCGAGACUUGUGCGCUUACUCAUCAAGUUAAACAUGAUCAACGAGCGCCCCGAGCUCGAUGCCUCACAACAUGUGCCCGGCAGUACUGCCUCAGGCGCCUCCUCUGUUUGGGCAGAAACUGGAGAGCGAUACUACCUCAAGCUUUUUCGUGAUUAUGUCUUCCAUCAAGUGGAUGCCAACGGUCACCCUGUUACCGAUCUCGCACACGUGCUCGAUUGUCUCAACAAACUCGAUGCAGGAACAGACGAGAAGAUUGCGCUCAUCAGCAGGGACGAGCAAAAUGUGCUCAUAGUCAGCUAUCGCGAAGUGAAGCGGGGCCUGGAAUCGUCCUUUCAGGAUUUGAUUAGAGCAGGACGUAGUUCGGGCAAAUAG